AUGAAGACCUUAGUUCUUCUGUUCGCAGUUGCCUUUUAUUUCGUGGUAUCGAGCUGCAAUGAAGGUUUGAUCUGCCCCUCUGAGUGGGUAUUACUUGGCGAGUCAUGCUACAAGUCAGUGAUGGAGAAAAUGACCUUUGAUGACGCGGUCAAAACCUGUACCGAUAUGAGCGGCCGCUUGGCGGUUCCUACGUCAUUUACAGAUAAUCAGUUCAUCUUUGAGAUGGUUAAUAAAGUCGUAGGCCUAAAAGGUAAGGUGUGGGUUGGCUGCACUGAUAGGGAGGAAGAAGGCAAGUGGGUGCAGCUUGGAGAGGGAGGCGAAGAAUGUAGUUUCUUCAACUGGUAUCCAGGAGAGCCCAAUAGCCGUGACCCGGAUGAAGAUUGUGCGCAGAUGAUUCUUCCUCGCAAUGGCAGUUGGUAUGACGGACAAUGUGACGGGAUGUGCUAUGUAGUCUGUCAGCGCCCUGCCGUCGCACCAACCAACCCACUACUGUACUGCCUGCAAGCAGACACCAACGGCCGCUUCGCAUGA